AUGGGGUUCCAAAUUAUGAAGAUUCUUCCAUUGAUAUUUUUCUUUCAAGUCCUACAAUAUGUGAGGGCUGAUUUGAAGGUUGACCGGCAAGAUUUAAGAAUAGUUGUCAAUGAUAGUAAUACGUUUGAUUUAUAUUUGACAAACAAACUUUUAGAUCAAAUAAGCGUCAGUUUAAGUGCCAAACAUGCAAAUAUCCUAGAGAUAAAACCUGCCACGUUCAAUGUCUCAAAGAAUGAUCGAAAUACCCAUUGGAACAUUACUGUGAUUGGGUUAUCUCCCGGCUAUUCAGUGAUUAGUGCUAAUGUCACUCCAAAUGUCACGAAUUUUGCCGAUGCAUUUGUUAGAGUAACAAUAGAGAGAUCAACAAUUAUAUACUAUAUAAGUGAAGUUGUUGGCUGGAUAUAUUUCUUGGCAUGGAGUAUCAGUUUCUACCCACAAAUUUACACGAAUUACAAGCGAAAAAGCGUUGUAGGGUUGAAUUUUGACUUUUUGUCACUCAAUAUUGUGGGGUUCUUUUUAUAUUCUCUAUUCAACUGUGGACUUUAUUGGAUACCAGAAAUCGAAGUUCGUAAUUUUAUUAUUUAUAAAACGAAAUAUAUUGAAAAAAACAUCAAGAAUUCCAAUCUUUUGUUUCAGUUAGAAUACUUUCGCCGAUAUCCUAAAGGAUUGAAUCCAGUUCAAAUAAAUGACAUUUUCUUUGCUAUUCAUGCAUUUUUUGCAACUGCCUUUACAAUUGGACAAUGUUUCUUCUACGAGGUUGGUACCCAAAAAGUAUCAGUCACCGCUAGAAUUAUUCAUGGAUUAUUCACAGCAACAAUAAUUAUAUUAAUUGUCUUAGGAGUUGUUGGAACAAUUAAAUGGUUGGAUUUUCUUUACUCAUGCAGUUACAUUAAAUUAAUUAUUACAUUAAUAAAAUACAUACCACAAGCAUUUUAUAACUUUAAAAGAAAAUCCACAGUUGGGUGGAGUAUUGGUAACAUAAUAUUAGAUUUCACGGGUGGAAUACUUUCUAUGCUUCAGAUGGUAUUAAAUGCCUACAACUACGAUGAUUGGAAGAGUAUUUUUGGUGACCCUACGAAAUUCGGUCUCGGUUUCUUUUCGGUUGCUUUUGAUGUACUUUUUCUCUUACAACAUUACGUAUUCUACAGUUAUAUCGACGGUCAAUAUCGAAUAUGA